AUGCGUGAUUUGGGUCAUGGUUUAGCUGCAUCUACCUCUAAUUUGCUUGGCCUCAUCAAUGGUACUGACUCAUGCCCAACCCAAUACAUUCCCAAUCUCGAAAACCCUCUUCGCACCAUUGUUAAUCCUGAAUUUCUUCACUGGUUUAAAAAGGAUCAGACUUGUAAGAUCUGGAUCCACUCUUCCCUCUCUGAAAGCAUACUUCCCUAUAUAGUCGGCUCCUCUACCUCUCAAGACCUCUGGCUCACUCUUGAAAAGAGGUUUGCUGCCAUCACAAGAUCCCACCUUUUGCAGCUCAAAGCUCGUAUUCAGAAUCCCAAAAAGGGGUCUCUACCCAUGCUGGACUAUCUUCAACUUAUCAAACACACUGCUGAUUCUCUUGCUGCAGCUGGUGCUCCUCUUGACCCUACAUAUUUCAUUGCUCAUGUUCUCAAUGGUCUUCUUGCCGAAUAUGAUGCUUUCGCUACCUCCAUAAGGGUCCGUUCUGACCCUGUAGAACCAGAAGAACUCCAUGGCCUCCUCCUUAGUGAGGAAAUGGCUCUUGCCAGCGUGCCUCUCUCAACAACGAGUCCUCCUCUCAUGCAUUUCACAACUCCUCCCAAACCAACAACAAAGCUUUCUCCUUUACCACAAACUCUCGCCCAUCUUCCUCCACCAACAGAAACUCCAACAAACCUUUCCAAUCCUCCAACAACUCCUCAUCCUCGUCUUCUUUUCGCCCUCAAAAUCGCCCCUCAAAUUAUGUCAACUCUCGUAUCAAUUGCCAAAUUUGUAACAAACCCGGUCAUACCGCUAUUACUUGCCGCAACCGUCACAACCACUCAUAUCAAGGUCAUGCACCUUCCCCUCGUCUCACCUCUUAUUCUCCCACAACCCAUAAUCCCAUUGCCUCUUACACCUCAUAUCCCUCAAGUCAUCCCCACCAUCCCCACCAUGCAUCCACAUGGUAUACUGAUACAGGAGCUACAAACCACAUCACUCAUGACUUAUCUACCAUAUCAAUGCCAUCUGAUUAUAUUGGUUCUGAAAAGGUAACUGUGGCUAAUGGACAGACUCUUGACAUACACCACUCUGGACAAUCUCACGGGCACAAUCCUUUUUCGGGGCCGUACUGAAGGUGGCUUAUAUCCUAUUCACCUCUCUUCUCAAAAGACAUCACCUUCCUGUCUCAUGAUCACUGCUUCUCCAUCCCUUUGGCAUCAAAGGACUGGUCAUCCUUCUGCUCAAAUGCUGCAACAAAUCAUCUCCAAAAACAAUCUUCCAGUCUUAGGCAAAUUUAAGGAUCUCUCUUUUUGUAAUUCUUGUCCAUUGGGCAAGCAAACUAAGCUUCCCUUUCUCUCUACCUCAUGUAUUUCACGUUCUCCUCUGGAAUUAAUUCAUACAGACCUUUGGGGACCAUCUCCUACUCCAUCUUUUCGUGGUUUUCGUUAUUACAUCAUUUUUAUUGAUGACUAUUCUAAAUAUUGUUGGCUUUA